CUUUCGGUUCCGGAGGCAAAACUCCGCUCCGCCCCAUCUGAGUAAGUAAAGUGCCUGUCUAAGACUAGGUACCUAGGUAUGGUACUACUUAGUUAAAACAAUCAGUCGAUCGACCUUCCAAGCUCUCCUCCGCCGUCGAACAGCUCCCUGCGUUCCUCGCCUGCACCAUGUCUCAUCUGCGCAAUGGAGCUGUUCGCCAUGGGGACGAAGAUGAGGUCUGCCCCGUCUGCAAAUCGUCCCGAUAUCUAAACCCGGACAUGCGUUUUCUCAUCAAUCCAGAAUGCUACCACAAGAUGUGCGAGUCUUGCGUCGAUCGGAUCUUCUCGUCCGGUCCGGCUCCCUGUCCGGUGGCGGGCUGUCAUAAGACGUUGCGAAAGAAUCGGUUCCGGAAACAGACCUUCGAGGAUAUCGGCGUGGAGAGAGAGGUUGAUAUUCGGAAGAGGGUUAUGCAGAUCCUCAAUCGUCGCGAAGAGGAGUUCGCAACCAAGCGGGCUUGGGAUGACUUCCUCGAACAACGCGAAGAGAUCAUCGCAAACCUCGUGACCGGCAUCGACGUUGCAAAGACCGAAGCCGACCUCCAGAAAUACGCCGCGGAGAACGCGCACUCCAUCAAGGCAAACAGAGCCCUAGAGUCGCAGGAGAGCACCUCUUUCAUGGAACAGCAGUCCUUCGAUCAGGAACAGGCACGUCUGCGCCGCCAGGCCGCGAUACAGGAAUACCAGAACGAGCGGCGUGAGAUGCUCGCGGGUCGGGAGGAUAUGCUGGCUCGUCUGGCAUCAGGCACCGCUGCAGACGCGGCAGCUAUUGCACGAGAGGGACAGAAGGUCUUGCUCAAGAAGUCGUCUGCGCGACGGAGUGAGGAAGACAGGAUCCGCGCGAAGCAGGCAGCUCUGCGCGGCUUGGAGGCCAAGAAGGGCGCUGCUGCAGGCCAAAUCACUACUGCAGAUACAGCCGGUGCCGACUCUGGCUUGAUCAAGGGCCUGAAGAAAAUCACGGUCCCAGAGCCAGAGAAGCCUUACGACCCGUUUGGCGGAUUGCUCCCCGGAAAGCGGGAUUACUACCAACUACAAGACCACUACCCAUCGAGUUAUCUGGAACCCAUACGGAAAGACGUCAGGAUGCAAGCUGGUGGCUACGACCUCAAAGAAUACUACUCCAGGACAUUACUGGAGGCUUUUGCUGGCUUGGGCUGUUUCAUCGAUGAGGAGGUCGCAAAGAGAGACGCAGACUCCCUAGCUGCCUCGAAACCUAUCGCCACGGAGGGAGCUGCUGCUGCUGCUGUCUCGACCGGUGGUGUAGAGGUGGAGUGAGCUUGGGCCGUCGGGUGUAAUCGGUCUUUACGCACCAGCUCGUUCUUUCGGGUGGGAUUCUAAAUGUUAUUUCUUCAUUACCGGAGGGACGUUUCUAGCAUAGCGAGGAGUUUCGGCGCAUCACUCAUGGGAAUAAAAAAGGAACAUUCUUUUUGACGAUCUACUGCGGGUCGGUUACCUAUAGGGACACUGGAUCUAAUAUUCUAACUAGGUUUAGCCCACUCUUCUUAUAUAGAAAACAAAGGCGAUGACUUCAUGAGCUACGGUUGCGAUCUCUACUAG